AUGGCUCCAAUUGACUUCGAAGCCCUCCAGGCCGCAAUCCAGGAAGAUCUUAAUGCUCUGCCAGAUCUUGAGGAUGGAGGUGUACCAGUUCCUCCAGAGGGAACUGCACCCCAGCCAACAUUUCAAGUCGAAACACGCCCUACCCGCGAAGACACGUCUCCUACGGACAAAGCAAGCCAACUCACCGACUUCACGGAAGUGACCAAGGCCGCGUCUACGCCGAAGGCAGCCGCGACUGCACGCUUUAGCGGCGGUGAAGUGCCUGCGCCUGUUGCGCAACUUCACCGAUCAGAUGACAAUAAACUCGGCCAACUUGCACCUUUGCAAGACACUUUCUGUCCCAUCCUCCCAGUCAGUAAGUACUGCUACAAGUUCAUUGGCAGGAGGCAUUCCGAGACUGUCGCAGAGAAGUUCUUCAACGGCGGCAAGUUCUGGCAGAGGACCUGGGAUCUAUAUUACGUCUGGCCCACUGAGGACUGCUCCUCGUACAAGCCUCUGAUCCUUGUCCCUGAGCAUCAGGUGCAAAAAUUUCUGGACGAGAUCAACGCCAGUUUCACCGACAUCGAGAUCAAGAUUGAGGACUACCAGCGUGAGGAAGGACUGGUCAUCAAUUUCCCAGAUCACCCACGCUGCCGCCCGCGCUAUCUGGGUCGCUCCACAUCUAGAGACCAAUACGACACCAUGGCAGUCGACACACCAUCAAUUACGUUUAAGCCUGCCGGCGAAGGCGAUGUCUCACCACCGGAAGAGCGGACCUUGGAAGCGUUCAAGCAGAUGGUGGAGGAUGCCAUCGAACUGAACAAGACCAAGAAAAAGGCGGAGAAGGCCAAGAAGAAGGAAGCGCGUCUUGUCCAGCAGCAGAACUGGGGCCGCCAACUGAAGCGCAGCCAGCGGUAUCUUGGUAUUCGACCGCAGCGUGACGAUUCAGCUCCUAACGACAAGGCCGUGCCACCAGCAACUACUCAAAUCCCCGCCAUCAACACUGCUGAGGCUGCCCCAUACUCGUUCGAAUCGUCGGUCGUGUUCAUCUGCGUGGAUGUUGAAUCCUAUGAGCGUGAUCACAGCUUGAUCACUGAAGUCGGCAUCUCUACCUUGGACACGCUUGACCUGGUCAACCUCCCACCCGGCAAAGAUGGCGAGAACUGGAUGUCAAAGAUCCGCGCCCGCCAUUUCCGCAUCAAAGAACACGCGCAUCUCAACAACACGGAGUUUAUCAACGGUUGCGCGAAUCGAUUCGAAUUCGGUCAGAGCGAGUUCAUCAGCUUGGCAGAAGCUCCCGCUGUUGUCGCCACGUGCUUCAGGACGCCAUUCUCCGGUACUGGCGCUUACCGCGCGGAUGAUCCCUCACCUCUCCGCGCUGCAGUCCACAACCCUCAGCCGCCGUCGCAGCCCGAGAAGCGCAACAUCAUUCUGCUUGGCCACGACACUAACACCGAUGUUCGAUACCUGCAAGCACUGGGCUACAACCCCUUAAAUCUAUCUACGUUGGUCGAAACCCUAGACACCGUGGUCCUCCACCGGGUGUACAAGCGCGACGCCCAACCGGCAUCCUUAGCACGCAUCCUCUACGAGUUCGACAUCACAGGCUGGCACCUACACAACGCCGGCAAUGACGCCUACUACACCAUGCAAGCCAUGAUCGGUAUCGCCGUCCGGGAUGCGGCCAACAGAGGAAACCCGGAGGUUGAGAAGGCAAGAACUGAGGCUGAGGAGGAGAAGCUUAAGGUCGCCACAGAUGAAGCCAUUCAAAAGGUCCGCAACGAUGCUGAAGGAUGGAGCUCGGCUGAGGGUGAAGAUGGAGGAGCUCCCAUCCCGCCGGACGACUCGAUGCCGGCGCCUGCAUCCCAUGGCUACAAGCCCAACCGUGCAAAUGCUGAUCGUGGAGGACCUCGUGGUCGUGGCAACGGCUACGGUAGAGGCUUGCACCGUCAUGAUAGUUCAACUCAGGGAUUCGACCUGCCUGUGCGUCCGAAGCCAAGGGUGAGGAGCAGAGACCCGGGCCCGCUGACGGCGAAGGUGAGGCUGUGCGAAAGCGCUUGUUUGAGAUAG